AUGACUAUUAAUGAUCUAGUUGAAGUCAAACAGUACGAGCAUGAGUCCACAGAGGACUUCAUGAUGAGGUUCAGGAAAGCAAGGAUGAGGUGCCAAUUCCCUGAGUUAGUCAUUGCUGCCACAAGAUAUGAAAGGCUGCUGCUAGAAGAACAACAAGUGAAGCAUACGUCCAAAAUUCCUCCUUUCUACAAAAACAAAGCUACAAUUCAUCAUGUGAAGGUGGGAGAACUUGAGCCAGAGCAAGAGGACGAUUAUGAUAGAGAGGAGAUCGAGGUGUGUGCUGCUGAGAUGACUACGCCUUUCAAACCCCUGACGGUAAAAGGAUUAGUUCAGCCUGUCAAGGACCAGAAGAUCGUGAUGAACGAUGGAGGCUUUGUCCCGAUGAAACCUCCCAAAUAUCAGAGCUAUUCAUUUGAUCUGGCCAAAGCGCCUGAGAUCUAUGAGGAGCUGGUGUGGGCAAGAGUGAUUGUACCUGACAGUACGAAGAAGAUGCCCAAACCAGAAGAGUUGAGGGGAAAAAAAUAUUGCAAGUUACACUAUACCUUCAACCAUUCUAUAACUAAUUGUGUCCAGUUCAAAGACUGGGUACAGGACCUUAUAGUGAAGGGAAAGUUGUUACUUGACAAGCCACAAGCCAGUAUGAUGGUUGAUACAAAUCCUUUCCCAGAAGCUCCUAUCAACGCGAUCCAGCUGAUUUAG